AGUGCGGCAGAUUUGAAAACUGAGCUUGCUUUAAUUAUAUUAACCGAUUUAUCAUAUACAUAAAAUAUUUUUGACAGGCUGGUUUGGUUUUGCUUCAUCUUUCCCAUUUUAUCAUGUGCUCAGAACACAUUUCUGUUACUAAACCAGGCACAUCUGCAGACAGCUAAGCUUAUUGCCCCUUUACGUUAGAAAAUAGUAUUCAAAGUACACAUGCUUUAUGCGGGAUUUGGGAUACAGUAUUGCUAUGCAAUCUACAUGCCAUAGCAAACAAACCAUGACAUGAGUGUUUUUUAUUAUGUUCCUCAUAAGAAUGACACCGCACGUGGAAGCGUUUGUCCUCAGGUAAAUACGUAAUGUCACAUGACUUGGGUUACGUGAUUGCGGGAAAAUCUAAAAGGAAGGAGAAGGAAGACGGGUCUUGUCUUGAUUAACUAAAGCUACAAUGGCAAUUCCUAUGUGCAAGACUAACGAUGUGAAGCAAGUGCUUUCAAUGAUUCACGAGAAUUUACAAUGUCCAAUUUGCUUGGAUUUAAUGAAGGAGCCUGUUUCUACAAAGUGUGAUCAUCAUUUUUGCAGGUUGUGCAUGUUGAAUUUGCUCAGCAGAAAGAAGGGGGGUUUGGCAGAGUGUCCUUUGUGCAAAUCGGAUGUAACCAAAAGGAGUUUACAGGAUAGCCCUCGCUUCAAAUUGCUUGUUGAGGGUCUGUUGAAAACCAUCCACGGAUUCGAACAGGACACUGGAACUGAAUUUUACACAGGUUCUGUAUUAUCUAAAAAGGCUCCUGAACAGAGUUCCUGUGGGGAGUUAUGGAAGAGUGACGGGACAAUACAAAGCACAGGCUACAGGAACAGAACCAAGAAAAAAACAGCAAGUACUGGCAUGAGAGAGAACAAUGUGGAAGGACAGUCAACUAUAGAGGAUUCUGAUACUGUGGUGAGGAAAGUUUCACAGCGAAAUAAAAGACAGAAACUAGAGUCUGCAGUGCCUUUGUGCAUUGAAAUAGACUCAUCUGAGGAAGUGCUGUGUAAGAAGAAAGACAGUAACAGAGCCGAAGAGAGUGGAUCUAAUCAAGCACAAGCGAAUGGGAUCAAGACUAAUGUAGACGCUAAAUCUUGGGAGAGAGGCUAUGACGAAACAAAUUACAUCCCAUCAAACAGGCAGAUUGAAUUCGAGAUGGUAUCUUCUACUGCUGCUGAAGAUGAGUUUGCAGAAUUGAUGGGUUUAGAGGAAGACUCUUGUUUAACCAAUUCUGGAACUCGUCAGGCCAGCUUAACAGAGGAGAUGGCUGAAGUAGGAAAAUACAACAGUGCUGUAGAUAUUAUCCAGCAGCCUACUGCAGCAGAACAAAAGACAGAUUAUGAUCCCAACAUCACUGCUGCAAAGACAAAUGGUUUUAUUGCAGCAAGUAAAGAAGAAAAUGGGACACUUGGCAAAAGAAAGAAAAAAUUGGCUGAGAGCCAAAAAUAUUAUUUAGAUAAAAAUGAAAUGGUGACAAAUGGAAAGAGUGCACUCAAACAUACUGAGGAUAAAGAAAUCAGUUUACAAGAUGGAGAAAGUAAACAUGAAUUUGAUUCGGUCACAACUUCUGCAAAAUGUUUAAGGAAAAGGAUAAGCAGAAGUAUUGAAAAAGUCACUGAGUGGCUCUCAACAAUUGAUGAGAAGGUGUUAGUUUCUGGGAUUCAAGACAAUAAGGAUGAAAAGCGAGUAGAUCUGGAUUGUCACCACAAUGCAGAAAAAUGUCCCUCUGAUGGAGAAUCCAUCUCUGAUGAGACUGAAAUAAUAGCGCAACAAGCCUUGGAGAAUCUUGUGAAAAAUGACCGAAGGAGUCAAGUGGAUAAAGUGUUUGGGAAAACUUACAGGAGAGAUAAGAAGCUAAGUGCACAAAUACGCAAGAGUGUUUCAACUUCACCCAAGGAAAACCAAGGGCUUCAGGAGGAUCAAAAAGCCAGUAUGAGAAAAAGGUCCUCUGAAUUGACACCUGUGGAUUUGAUUAAGAAACCCAGAUGUGAAGAUAAAAGUCCAAAUAAAACACAAGAAAAGGAGUCUUUCUAUGUACACCAGACUGAAAACCACAACAUAAUUUCAGAUGCUGUAUCAGGAGACGAUAGUGGUGGAAGGUCAUCUAAUGACCAGCCGCUUAGGAAAAUAGUAAGAGCUGAAAAAACAGAUGUCAAACACUCUUUAAAUGAUUUAAGAAAUGACCUGCAGCGUGAUUUCCAAGAGAAUGGGGAAAAAUAUGUCAAGAAGUCAAACAAAAGAAAGAGUCGUAAAAGAAGUAGCACCACAAGCAGGAAGUCCACCAAAGCAGCAAAAUCGUUGGCACUGGUUAGCUGCCAACUCAUUCAAAACCUUGAUCAAAGUGCGGAGAAUGGGGGCCCUUCUAACUUGACUGACAUCCACAUUGAUAGUUAUCCAAGCAGUGAGGAUCAAGCUGUUGCUGAAACCAGGGUGACCAGAAGAAGCCGGAGACUUCAGCUUGCUGUUGAUGAAGUAAUAAGGGACAAAAAAAGAUGCAGAAAACCAAGUGCCAACAAGUCAGAGAAGGAUGUCUGUGUUGAAAAAAUUUCUGAUUCUGUGAAUGUGGAGAAGAAUCGCUUUGAAUCGGAGAAAGAUUUACAGCGGUUAGAAGCUACAAGUCCAAGGCUACAAGACCUUGAGGAUAACCCUGCCCCGGAAGCUACAGUAGUUGCUUCAAACAAUCAAGACACUGGGGAACCAAACAUGAGUGAAAUUAGACUUGUAAAUGAGAAACCUGAAGUAUGUAAUGAAAACCAGGUUGUAGAAGAAAGUUCUCUUUUGUCAAUGGUGCCAAAUACUGAAUCUGAUCCUUCUUUUCUCCAAAACUCCCAAAAGAAUAAGCCCUUCCUGCAGCCUUCUGCCUUUCAAAUGCCACCUGCAUGUGACCAGCCUACAGAAGCUGAGGAGAAUUUUCACAACAGGCUCCUCACGGAAACUGAAGACAGCGAAUUGGAUACAGAGUUAUUGAUGAAAACUUUUAAAACCACUAAGCGAAAGUCGUUUAAUCUGCUGCCAAGCCCGGUAACUAAAGAAGAUGACGUUAGUUUUCCAAAUGAGGGGUUAGAGAAUAAACUAGAUGAUUCAAACAAAUUAAAUUUCAUAGCAAACUCAGUUUGCUCCAAAGGGGCUGAGAUAAAGCCGGACACCCCAGGAGAACCUAAACCAUGUGGCCUUGAGGACAGUGGCACCUCUGAGCGGAUCUGCAGUGAUUUCAUUCCGCCAACGGAUCCGGACUCUGCUGGUAAUGCUGCUGUUCGUCCACAGAAAGCAUUCCUUAAAUGUAGAGAAGCCAUUACAGAAACCAGCUCCACAGUUUGUAACAACGAGGAAAACUUGAGCCAGAAUGCCUGUUAUGACAGCUUGCACAGAGAUCAAAGUAGCAAGGCUUUAAAGGGAAAAGAAACUGCACUUACUGAAGAAAUUCUCCCAAGGAAAGGUUGUUCAAUGAGUCCUAGUCCCAGUUCUAACUCAGACUCCCUGCCUAGCUCGGCCUUGUUGUUUCCUGCGUUGAGUGAAUCCCAAAAUCGUCAAGAAAUCAACUUGCUCAACACCAAUAGAAUUGUAGAAGUACAUAAUACUAAGAAAACUGCUGAGGUUUGCAGCUCAAACGGAAAGGCUGAAGAGCAAGUCACAGAACAUACAGUUGUGGAACCCAGUUUGCAAACACAGAAAAACAUCCCUGCUGCUGAGCAAAAAGAAUGUGAGGAAUCGUCUAUGACCCCAGAUGGGCUUUUGUUUCAUAAUAUUGUAGGUGACGAUGGAAAGGUUGGUGGAGUUGAUCCCAGCUUGAAAGCAGAAGUUGCUGGUAAAAGUCAAGAAUCACUGAAUGAAUAUUCCCAAACUUUGUACAGAAAAAGGAGGCGGCUACAGAGAUUGGAAUCUUCUGAAUCGGAAUCCAGUAAUGAGGAAGUACUUCCUACUUUCAUGGAAUUUAUUUUUGGCAGUAAACCAGACCCGCAAUCCAACCAUAAAAAUUUACCAGUGCUGCCUCCUCAAACUUCCCUGAUGCAGAAUCUCCCACAGCCUUAUGGAAGCGUGGAAAAGCAGGAUGGUGCUGCUGGCAGCAAUGCAGAGGAGUGUAUUGUUGCAGAUUUGUCCUACCAACUUGCCUGUCCUUCAAGUCAAGAAUCUGUGGACUUGUUUGGAACACAGUCAGAUUUUUCUGAGCAUUCCCUCACGCAGCAGAAGGGAAGCUCACCCAAGACUGUUUCCCAAAAUAGCCACAGUUUGUCAGGUGAAACCCUGAGUGGCUGCUGCAAUGAGAAGAGGCAGGAUACAGAGGAACUGCUAGAAGUCGCCCAUGGAUUUGAACAUGUCAGUCACAAUGGCGAGUCGCCUGCACUGUCCAGUGAAAGUGAAAUUCUUACCACCCAGCAAAAAGACACAAUGCAGACUAACUUAAAUCACCUUGAGCGAGAGAUGGCUGUGUUGCAGGCAGUGCUGGAGCAGCAGGAAACUCAGGAGUCGGAAGAGCCCCCCUGCCAGGGGAAGGGGCAAUAUGGAGAAAAAGAUCAUCUGGACUCUCAUCAGGCAACUUCCUGCUCACAGGGAGAGGACCAGAACACUGCAUGUGCCAGAUCUCCAGUGCCUCCCUCGACCCCUUCAGACUCACAGCUGAGGCUAAAGAGAACACCUAUGCAGGUGAAGGCGGCCAUCAAUCUCCUGAGUAAGCUGAACGCAGCAAACCCUUCUCAAGAAGCUAAAGCAGACGUUGCCGGAGAUGGGAAGCGGAAUUGGGAGGAGAAAAAAACUGGAGAUGACACAUCAGGGCAUUUCAAUCAGAAAGAACCAAACAUUCCACAGAGAAUUGAGAAAAAAGUGGGCGGUCUGUCUGGGAGAAAAGGAGCCAUUAAAAAUUCAUCAUCCCCUGCAGCAUGCAGCACACUGAGGGCUGGUGAAACACCUGCCCCUAUCUCUGCAGUGUCACAUAGCAGACUGACUCCUGGAGUAGAAGACCCCAGCGGACCAAGUGGUAAUCGGAAGCGGUCUCUCUUAAAGGUGCCCACCCCACUGGAAAGCUGCGCUAACAUGGGUGCUAAAAGACCAGUGUUAAGGAGAAAGAUGUCUUUUGUGGCCUCUGGUUUAAACAAAAGCGAACUUAUGCUGGUGCAAGAAUUUGCCAAGAAAAUACAGGUCACACUGUCAAGUCAAGUAACACCUGGAACUACACACAUCAUCAUGAAAACAGAUUCGGAGCUGGUUUGUGAGAGGACGCUGAAGUACUUCUUGGGAAUUGCAGGGAGGAAGUGGGUUGUCAGUUUUCAAUGGAUUGUGGAAUGCUUUAAACAACGACAAGUACUUGAUGAGGCUGAGUUUGAGGUGAAGGGAGAUAUCAUCAAUGGAAGAAAUCACAAAGGACCCAGGAGAGCUCGCACAACCAUGGAUGGAAAGCUGCUGCUGAGUGACUAUGAGAUUUGCUGCUAUGGCACGUUCACCGAUAUGAGCAAAGGUCAGUUGGAGUGGAUGGUGGAGCUUUGUGGAGCCACAGUCAUUAAAGAGCCCUGUUUAUUCACAUACAGCCCUGACCGUAGUCCAGUGGUCGUUGUACAGCCUGAUUCAGGAGGGAAAGAAAUUGACUACAAAGCACUCCAACGACAAUACAGUGCAAGUGUGGUGACAAGGGAAUGGAUCCUUGACAGUGUGGCCUGCUACAUCUGCCACAGCUUGGACUCCUAUCUGGCUGAGCCCCUUCACUGAAUUCUGCUAAAAGAGCUGAAGCUAAAAUACUCAAAAUGGAACUGCACUCUUGUAGCCAUACAGAAGAUUUUUAUUUGUAUUGUUUUUUAAAUAAUUAAAUCAUUAUAUACUGUUACUUUAUUGUGCAGUCUAAAUUAUUGUUGUGGCUUCUUAUAAAAAUGUCCACUAAAGUUGUUUUAAGUGUAGAGUCCUGUUGCCAAGGUAGUAUUUUUGUUUUUUCUUGGCUGUUCGGAAACUGAAAGCAUACAUGUUUUAAACAAGAUGAGUGUUGGGAAGAAACAUGUUCAUGUUCAAAAUGUAAGCAAAUGUUUUACAAUUUUAAUUAGCUGGAAAACAAAAGUAUACAAUACCAUAUUUUCUUGCAAUCAAAAAAAAAAAAAAUCUUUCAUGCGUUAAAUAAACCCAAUACCAUCAAAUUACCCAUGAAAUAAAAAAUAAGAGAAA